AUGGACUACGUGCGUGACGGCUACGACCUUCUCGCGGCGCAGUGCCGCGAGCACGUCCCGGCCGCCAGCGUCCCGGUUGAGGUCACCUUUUGCGACGCCCACUACCGCGGCGACGCGCCACGACCGGUUCCGUGGCGGGCGGCGCUCGACGAGAUAUUUUCGGACGCGCUCGCGGCACGCCCCCUGCUGGGCGUCGCGACCGGCGGCUGGGUGGUUCAGGGCGCGCGCGACGGCGUCGGCUUUGAGUACGACGGCGAUGCGGCCCGGACGCUCCUCUCCACGCUCCUCGAGCCGGAGCUGAUCGGGAAGCUCGACCCCACCACCCUCUGCCUCCGCACGCUCGCGGUGCUGGAGGACGGGAGAGACGCCGGCGCCGCGCUCUGCCACACGGUGGCCAAGACGGGCUUCCCGUUUCGGCACCGCGACUUUGUCGACGUCACCGCGUGGAAGCGGCUGCCCGACGGCACGGUGCUUCAAGCGGCUCGGUCCUGCCCGACCGCCGCCGCCUCGGUCCCGUAUGUCCUCGCGCCUGCCGCCGCCGGCGGCACCGACCUCACCCUCGUCAGCCAGACCGACCUCGCCGGCUACAUGCCAACUCCGGUCACGAACCGGCGCGCGGCCGUCAGCAGCCAGCACAGCGCACAGUCACGGCUGCCGCCACACGCUCUCACCCAUUUCCUCGCCGCAGGAUGGUUGGCCCCGUGCUGGCGGACUACGUUCGGGCGCUGGAGAGGGUGA